UGAGUUUCGUCGAUCGUUGUACACUUUAUAUUCUAAUGGAUCGUUGCACGCUCAAACCGUUGUUAAAAUUCAUUGUUAAAAACAUGAAUUUCAAAGAAAAAUUAAAAACGUUUUUGUUUGUGCCCCGUCAAUCAAGUGAAAUACCUAUCUUCUUUGUCAACCAUGUUGUGUGACAGCGGACAAUCUAAUAUUGGUUUUAAUGUAGAAAAAUCUAUUGGUCAGAUUUGUAAUACAGAUAAUAUAAUUGAUGACAAUAUGAAUCAAGAAUCUACUUGUGAAAAUAUAAUGUGUACUGAUGAAAGUAUAUUAGACAAUACUUAUGAUAUUGGAGUGUAUGUGAUAAAAAAAAAAAAUCAGACUUUUAAAAUGGAUGAUGUUCUCAAAGAAAAGCUUUUAAGAAAAACUUGGAUUCCAAAUUCUUUUACUGGCUUAUACGUACAGAUAACAAAAUAUAAAAAACGGCAUUUUCAAAAAUCUUGGUUAGAUGAGUUUAAGUGGCUAACUUAUUCAAAAUAUUUGAAUGGAGCUUUUUGUAAGAACUGUGUUGUAUUUGGUCCAGUAAGUACUAUUGGUAAAGGAUCAAAUCUUAAAGUUGGGCAACUUCUUAUCUUACCGUUUCGAAAUUGGAAAUCGGCUAAAAAUGUUUUCUUAACUCAUAGUAAUUUGCAAUAUCAUAAGCUUGCAAUGAUAAAAUCUAGUAAUUUUCUUUUAACAUUUGAUGGUAAAAAAAAACUAUUGAUUUUCAAACAAGAACUUUCAUAUAGAGGUCAUAAAGAUUAUGGACGUUUAAAUUUAAAUGAACCUGAACAUAAUGAUGGAAAUUUCAGAGCAUUGUUACGUUUUAGAGCACGAUGUGGAGAUGGUAUUCUCAAGUCUCAUAUCUUAAAAUCAGGAGCUAAACAAAUGUACACUAGCCUCUUAAUUCAAAAUGAAAUUAUAACAUUAAUUGGAUUAACUAUUCAGAAUUAUAUAAUUGAUAAAUUUUCUCUAUGUCUCCGGUAUGUGGAUGAUGAACAAAAUGAAAUUAGGGAAGACUUUAUAAAAUUUGUAUCUGUAACUGAUGUAUCUGGAAAGGGUUUAGCUGAUACAAUAAAAAAAAAGCUCCUGUCUUUUGGAAUUGAUUUAAAGAACCUAAGAGGACAAGGUUAUGAUGGAGCUGCGGCUAUGAGUGGUGCAUUUAAUGGAGUCCUGGCAUUAUUAUAA